GCCGACAACUAUCACCGCACGCAAACCUGACGCCAAAGACCUUGCUCCGUCUGGCAAAAAGCGAGGACGGCGAAUCUCUAGUUAACUAGCACACGUAAGACGAGGAGCACGACACUUAAGAAAGCUGGCGCCACAAACAAGCUAGAAGACCCACAAGCUGAUAUCAUCGGCGUUCUAUCUUUAGACAUAUGAAGCUUCCUGGUUGAACAGCUGCACAUGCGCAGAGCCAGCACGGACCACUCCGUCUCUGUCUAUGUAUCUUCAGGCCACGACACUAAUCUUUUGGCAGCCGCUCUUUCUGCGCACCUAAAAAAAGAGCGUUAUUGCUAGACGCGCUGUGGAAGGCAUUCUGCGCAGCAGGCUUCAAGGAGCAUGUAUUGAUCCGCUACGUUGCUCUUUGACUAAACAUGUUCGGUAACCAACAUUUCGGAGCGGUGGACCUCAUUCACGCCCAUACGUACACCACGCUGGAGGAUCUUUCCAUCAAAGAGGGUUCAUGCGCACUUCACCGAAUCACGUUUCUCAAUACUCCCGCCAAAACCCACCAACACCUGGAUAUCGGUUGCGGCCCGGGUACAUUCUCAAGAGACUUCCUGGUACCUCGCUCAGAGCCUUGCACGAAGUUACUGGCCAUCGACAGGUCGCCGCUGAUGGUCGAUUUCGCCAAGCGCCACAGACAGCACGAAAAUAUCACCUUCGACGUGUUAGACUUCGGCGGCCAAGACGUGGAACAACUGAUUGCCAAGUACGGCCGCUUCGACCGCAUAUACUCGUUCCUGUGGUUCCAUUUCGUCAAGGACCAGAGAAAGGCCUACGUGGAUCUCGCCAAGCUGCUGACGCCCACUUCCGGAGAGUGCGUGGUAUUCUCAUCCGUUUGGAAUGUUUUCACGGAUGUCUGGCUUCAAGUGCACCUGAUGGAGAGAUGGCGAGAAGUGAUCCCUGACCCAAGGCCGUUGUUCUCAGUUCAGUACAAGUUCGAGUUCGACGGGAAGCUGGAUAAAAUAGAAGCUGAAGUGAGAGCUCUUGUCGCAGACGCUGGAUUGGAAACUGUCGAAUGCCAUGUCUUCCAAAGUGAAUGGCCGUUCCCCACCGUGGAAGUGUUCGUUGGCCUAAUAUUUGAAGCUUUUGGAUUUUACGAGGCCAUUCCGGAGGCUGACAUCGAAGCUGUCAAGAAGGACUGGGUUCGGCUCGUUCAGAAGGCCGCAUCAACAAAGACCAACAGAUUUGCAGCGAAGGCCGCCUUCUACUGCGUCCACGCAAAAGCACGGCCAUAACACAGGUGUAAACAAAGAGCGCACACCUCUGUGUUACGGCAUCAGUUUUCCUAAGUUUCGCUAGACUAUUCACUUAAAUCGCUUUCCUCAUUGUCCUGUUUGUUAAAAGGGUAUGGGCUUGAGCUUGUUGGUAAGGCUUCAUGGGUUCGAAACAGCGCGUAAAGUACGAGGACACAGAAAGUAAGACAGGACCAGGCGCUGAACUGCCAACAAUGCUUUUUAUUUGUGCGAACACGAAUAAAUAGGCUUUUCACAUGAGAGGAGGGGGAGAGAUAUUGCAAAAACGCAUGCGCCCUGCCCUAUACAACUCAUGAAAUUAACGGUGCAGAUAGCUAAUCUCUUUGUCUGUUAACGCUAUCGAAGGUGAACUGACACAUGCUGACCCGACGUUAUGCAUUUUGUAGGCUUCAUAUAUUUCUCGGGCUCGGGAAUCUCGGUAACUGCGAACGAUGCGCGUCUGCUGGAAAUCGGGGCGUCUGCUAGAAAUAUACGCGUGGAAAUCGGCGCGUCUGCUGGAAAUAUACGUCCUGUUUGUCUUUACUUUACUCGAGAUUUAAAAGGCGAUUUCAGUAUUCCACUUUGACUAAAUUGAUUCAGCUUGUGUAGUCCUACUAUUGAGGUAAUCACGGCUACUUGCUCAGAGGCAAUUUUUAUUAAGGCGAACGCCUUAGAUGCCUCAUUAAAUAUGACAAGUGACCGUCGGCGUCCACACGAGCGAUGAACAAGUUCACCAUCCUGUGAUGACUUUACCAUAUGACGUCAUCACGACGUCACAGGCCGCCACAUUUAUGAGGUCAUCACAUUAGAUCGGCGCUUCGUCAAUGAUGGGCCGAUCACGGAGGCAGUGCAAAACCAGGUGAGGUGCACAAAGCUAUAGAAGGGGGGG